AAUACCGAGAACUCUCAAGUGCAAGGGGCAUUUUCAAAUCCAUUCUAAUGACGUUAGACGCUGGCACGUGACGUGACGUCAUAUGACAUAACGCACCGAAGCCGAUCAGCUUCAAGGCGUCGGGUGGUGUUCUUAGCACAUUCUUACUCGUCCAUGGGAUUUAUCGACGAUGAGUUACAAGAAGUAUCACGACUCUGUCAAAAUGUCGUCGAUGGAAGCCGGCUCGUCUCUUGCGUGCAGAGUAUGGUCCGAGUCGAAAUAACGAAAACAACGUUCAAGAAACUCGUUGUCUGCAUCCAGUUCCCGCAGGAUUAUCCCUCAUCGCCACUGUUAGUAGAAUUGAAGAGUAAGACAUUAUCUACAAAGUUGCUGGAUGGCCUAACUAAGGUCUGCGAGAAGGAGUGCAAGGGUCUCUUGAACAAAGCACAGAUAUUGCCGACUUUAAAGUUCAUUCGUAACUACAUCGAGGAGAAUCCUCUCAUUUGCUGCUACGAGGAGAUCUCGAUAUUGAAGAAACUCCUGACAGAUCGAGACGAGUUGAAACUAAAGCAGAAGAACUCCACGAUUAAUCUGAUAGUGAAUCAAGGCUUAUACUAUUUUAAAACCAAGCUUGUAGUGCCGGAUAAUUAUCCCAUCAGUAACGUCAGCCUGACAGAUCCUGAUACAAACUUCUCACCGUUGCUUACUCGCUAUUUAGUAGGACAAGGAAGGGAAUUAGGAAGGCAGUGCGUUGAGCCACCGCUGAAGAAACAAGCACCGACAACACCCUUUAUACCAUCCCCGUCUUUGAACACCAUCGCUUCCUUUCUCAUCAAAACCGUAAAAGCUCUUCCGCAAGAGAAUUGCCAGCUAUGCAAAGUAAACUGCUUGCCGGUCAAUCCGGAGGAGGUUGUAUUCGACGAAAAUGCGGACCUUCACGCAGAACGGCUCUACUGUGGUCAUCUAUUCCACUUACGAUGUCUCGUGACAUACAUGAAGACUCCGCCGUUCCAUGGGGGUAAGAAAUGUCCAAGUUGCGGACAACGCGUAUAUCACGACAAAUGGGGACUAAGCGACAGAUUGGCGGAGGCACGUUGGGCUCAUCAGCAGGCACGAGCGAGAGAGUUGGCGGAGGUGGAAGAAUUUUUCAACUGAAGAAUUUUUCAACGGGAUUGAAUCGAAUUUUUGAAUUGUCUCGUGCGCGAAAUGCAGACCAGCGCGGUGUUCAACGAGGAAAUCUCUUUAGCAAGCACGAUAUGACAAUAGAUGGUUCACACGUAAGAUGAAGCAACUGACAUUUUGGAUAAAAACGAAAUGCUGAAGGCGAAGAAUUGAAAGAGAGAGAAUUGUACCUAUAUACAGAAUGUGUAGAUAAGGAUUUUCCCGUUUAUGCCUGUAAAAUUACGUGUAUGUAUACGUCAUGACUAUAUUUGCCGAGGAAGAAAACUGAGCCAAUGUCGAUGUUCUCUCUGAAAUAUUUUUAGACGACGAACUCGAGUGCUUUCAAGAGAGUCAACUUGACUUUGACGAGGAUUUAAUUAGCUGUAUAGCAAAGACUAGGAAUAAACAAUGAUGAUUCUUGAUAAGAAACAUUGUUCGAGUAUGACUCGUGUAAUGAAAUAUGACUUGUUAUGUAACUCGUUCUCGAAACUGUCAUUAAUGGCGGUAUUCACAGUCAGAUCUUAUAUUAUAUAAGAUCGUCUCAAGUUUAUCUUUAGAUAUUGUAUGACUCACUGGCUAGGAAGCAUCUGAUAAUGAAUUUAAAACAAUCUUAAAUAUCAGAUCUGACUAUGAAUACCGUCCUGAAUGUUAUAUUUGCCGCACAUGCAAACAUAACUACACAUUUCCUUUCGUUUUUCAUUUUUCAUCUCGCGCGGUUCAGUGCUUAGUCAUAAAUUUUAAUAGUACAGCGAAUAAAAUCAGAAGUCAUAUCAGUAUAGUAUACUAAAUUUCUAGGGCACAACCAGUAAUUAACAUCCUCAGAAGGAACUACUAAAUAACUAAUAAUGGUUAAUUAAUAAUGACUAAUUAACAAAUUAAUUAAUAAUUACGGAAUCUUAUACUGACCAAGUGUAGAAUAAGAAGAUAAUAAGAAGCAUUUGUUUCUCUUGCCGUUUGCGGUAAUGACGAACGAAUCGUUUGAGAAUCUACCUCGCCGCUUCGCUCCGACGUCCUUAACGAAUUAAGUGUCCACAUAAUUUACAACGAUGUACAAGUAUCGUGAAAGUUCAGAUCGAACGUAAUAAAUGACAGAAAUGCAACAGAAACCCCAUGAUUUUCAGAUACUUCCGAUGUAUUCGCUUCGAAUAUAUAUAAAAUCGUCGUAUUAUAUGUACAUGAA